UCCAGCUGUGCAUCCAGAUCAUGGAGCAACUGUGCAUAUACUUCGAACACCCGGGAGAUCACUCGCCCGCUUUGAUGACCAUUCAGGGGGUACACUGUUGCCAGAUCAUGCUGCCCACGCUACAAAUAUGAGGGAGCUUCUCUCUUAUUGUAUUCUGUGCAGAGAUGGCACCUACAAGGAUCUUACAGCCAUUGAUCAUUUGGGGAAGGUCUACUACCUGCUGUACUACUAUCCGACACGGUGUCAGGCGGGCGCUGUGGUGGAGGAAUGCAAGAUGGAAGUGGUCCAGACACUGUUGGCUUACACUCAGCCGAAUGAGGUUUUAAACUCUUGGCGGAGCUCCUUCCACUGCCGCUGCCGAUGCCCCAGCCUUUGUGUGACCAGUUGAAGCAGCAGCAUAAGCAGCGCCUGCUUACUGAGCGGAAGCUGUGGUCCGCCCACUUGCAUCCGCAGAGCGGCCAGAUAGCCAAGCUGGUGGAAGCCCUGGCUCCGUCCAGUUUUCCCCAGCUGUCGGAGAUGUUGCAACGUGUCUGCAUGCAGCUCUCAGAUCUCGCUCCCAAUAUGACACUGCUGAUUGCCAAGACCAUUACGGAGCUGUUGUGCAACGAAUAUCAGACCUCCAAUUGCAUCCCAACCACCAACUUGGAGCGGCUGCUUCGCUUCUCUACGCGGCUAUGUGCUUUUGCUCCUUUGAAGAGUUCCAUGUUGUCCAUACUAUCCGGAAAGUUUUGGGAACUGUUCCAAUGCCUCUUGGCUCUAAAUGAGUUUAACGAAGUGGUUUCCAACUGCCAAGAGGCAGUGCAUCGUAUCUUGGACAGCUUUUUGGACUCGGGGAUUUCAUUGAUUUCUCACAAAUCGACUGCUGCUCCCGCUCUUAAUUUGGCUGCAGCUCUGCCGCCCAAGGAACUCAUUCCCAGGAUUAUAGACGCUGUUUUUAGCAACCUGACGAGUGUGGAGGUCACCCAUGGCAUCUCCAUUCUGGCUGUCCGCAAUAUGGUUAUCCUAACAGAACAUGACUUUACAUUCUACCAUCUAGCCCAGCUACUGAAACAGAAGAUCACAGAGUUCCAGGCAUGGAUGGAGCGGGUUAUCCUGCAUAACGAAACCGUGGAGUACAACGCCAACAUUGAGUCGCUGAUCCUCUUGCUGCGGUCUCUCACGCAAAUCGAACCACCACCCGCCAUGUCAGCGAUGCCUCACCGCACCCUUAAGCUUGGCGCCUUGGAGUUGGCUCAGCUACUAGAGUUCCAGGAAAUUGAUCUGUGCAAACCACCAGUACUGACUCGCAUUCUGUCCGUGAUGGAGAAACACAAGGCGGUGGCAAAUGAAGCAGCUGUCAGUGACCUUAAGCAACUGAUUCUACUGUACGCCUCCAGAUAGGAGGCAGCACUAGCUCCAGGUGCCAGCAACCGACGCAACCGAGGAUCGCGCAUCUCAGCAGCUGCUGAUUUUAGGCAAAAGAAGCUGAUGCGCAUAGGAUCAAUCUCCAGUUGGGCUGAAUUCUCUGGCUCUUAGCGCUCCGUCAACUCGAAAUCCCACAUUGGUAGCAGUGAUUCGAACUAUUCUUCAUCCCACUACAGUGGGCGCUCAAGGGGACGUGGCUUGCGGAUCAGCAACAUUGUGCAGGCCCAGAUCGAACAACUCUUCACGGCCGUGGCCAAGGACGCCAUUUGUAGCUUCGAUGUCACCUGCCUGGGAUCACUACCGUUGAAAGACAAAGUUUGCAGGAGCCACUGCGUCAGCUCUAUCUGGCGGAGUUGGCCAAUAAGAAACUCAGCUUGGGCUCUUUGGACAUCUGUGCCACGGGACUACGGGUAAAGGUCAGGCUACGGCCAUCUCGAAAGGAGCCAGUCCCGACGGAGCGGAGGAGAAUGAGGCCCAUUAUUACGCCCUUCCACAAAAUUGCCGUGUGGUCACCUUGGUCAGAAUUCAACUCUUGUAAACUCUUGAAUCACAUCAUCAAGAGGGACUUCCCAGGACUAUGACCCCAGGUGGUGUACAACAUCAGCUAUCUAUCUGCAGAAUCAUGAUGUCAACGGCUGGAAUGGCGCCCUGAUGACCACUUGAUCGAAAAUCUUACACCCAUUCGGAGAGCAAUGAUAGGGAAUAUAUAAGAUGUUCCCGGGACAAGGGCUCGAGGGAUUGGUCACGAUCACCGGAAUACUGAAGCCAUCGGUCCCGAAGGAAGCGAUCGGAACGCUCUCGCUCGCAGUGUUUGCAGCUUCGCCGCCUGCCAGCUUUAAUUGAUUUACCUACGCGACCACGCUCUCCUGAUACCAUGGACUACGACGAGGAAGACUCGCUAUAACUAUAGCUUCCACUAUAAAAUGCAAGCGUCUCACUACAGGCACUUUUCCGAGUCGCUUCAUUGCGGAGAUAGGGAUCGGGAUGAUGAAGGCGAUCGUGUACACCGCAGGAGCAGUUCCAGCCCAUUCUCAGCGACGAUGAGAUCAUUGGUGACGACGAAGAAGACGAUGCAGAGGACGCAGCGGCGAUUGCGGAAUACGAAAGGGAGUUGGAAGCAGCGGCGGCUGCAGCUCCUCCCGCCAUCAACGCCUUCGAGCCAUGGCAAAAGCCACUGCAGUUCUACGAAGGUUCUACAAAACUACAAGCGACGCAACUUUGUGCUUCAACAGUUCUUCAGCAACGAUGAAGUGCAUCUGCGACAGGCGGCCCAUGUUGUGCAAAUCGCUCUAAGCUUCCAAGCGGCCUGCAUGCAGCCACAGCCCGCUUUUAACAUUCGCCAUAUAAAGCUGGGUGCUCGGAUGGCAGAGCCCAGAGGCUGCAGUGAGGAGCUGUUACAGCAGUUACUUAAGGAGCACCAAUUCGACCCAUUCGAGGCGGUCUUCAAGCUGUACCAUGAACCCUUUAUAGCCUUCUCCAUAAAGCUUCGGCUUCUCAAAGCCGUGUAUGCUCUGCUGGACACCCGCCUGGGAAUUGCGCAUUUUCUGAAAGCGCCAACGAAUGGAUACGAAGCGGUAAUAGAGACCCUGAAGACUGCCAAGUUAACGCGGUCGAAGUACGCCCUGCAAGCCAUCAUCAAGAAGAUGCAUCUGUGGGAAACCCUGGGGACUGUGCACCAUUGCUGCGAAGGCUAUUUUUUGAGAGGAAUCCAGAAAAGAGCAAAGACGCCGAGUUCAAAACGGAGACAGUGAUCCUCUGCAAGAAGAUAGAGUACUCAUUCCAGAUGCUCAUGGAGGCAGUGAGCACCAGCCAGUUGAGCUACCAGCAACCCCGGCGCUUUCUACCCGUGUCUAAGAAAUUCGAGGUGGUCACCGAUUCCAUGGCCCAACGGAGCUUCGCCAAUGCCUUGCAGUCCUUCUUGAGGCACCACGCUCUGGCGGAAUCCCUACUGUUGACACUCCCGCAUUUUUUUCUAACCCCGCCCGCUCCAAUAUGCCCGCCCCAAAUACAAAUAAAAUGUUUAUU